AUGUUCCCUUCAAAUCCACCCCCCGAGGACGCACCCGCGAGGACCCAACUGACCUACAGCCUUCUUCGUCUGGCCCUGUUGUCAGCGCGCGAGGCAUAUUACCUUGAAAGCACGGACACUGGGCUCGCGGACCCUCUCGAUGACACUUCUGCAGGUCAAUUGUUCCUGGACCUGGAUCGCAAGUUUGGAGACGUGUGCGGACACUUGUUGGAUGCCAGCAAUUUGGGCGAGAUUCUCGAAGACAUAUGCCCCCCCUCUGAUGAAGACCCCAUCUCUCAUAACCAGCCUCCUAUGAAGCCUCCCUCUCAUGAUCUCUCGUCUGUCAGCCUCCCCUCUUGUGCCGUGUCUCCUGUGUACCCUGGCCGCGCCAACCAAAGUCUUGUCUCCCCCUCAAACCUCCGUCCUCCCGAAGCUCCCAGGGGCCACACCACGAUGCGCCCACCUACUGUUGCCCAGUCGCGCUCUAUAGUAAGUAGUUCUACUCAGCACCGCAAGCGCAAGUCCAACACAUCCCACGAUCGCACGCCUGGCCCCUCCGCCCCUUUGCCAACUUUCCGUUCGUCGGGAUGGGUCCACAACAUGUCCCCAGGCUCAUCAACGUCGACGCCGCCAUCAACGUCAACGCCGCGCAAGCUCCCAAGACCUGCUCCGGCACAGAGGCCCUGCAAUCCAUGGGACGACUUCAGCACCGCCUUCUCAGGUUUCUCCAACAAGCGUCGUACCUAG